ACUCGUAAUUUACGCAUUUCCCAGGUGUUGGAAAAAAAUCAGCUGUGCAAUGUAAUACAGUCAUAUAUACUCGCGCGGAUAAUUGCUCGUUAAUCAUGACUCAAUGAUAGUCUUGUGCAACCCAAGUUUUAUCAAUUUUCUUUGAAAAUAAAUCUAUUGAUGAGUGGAAACAGAAGAGCGCGUCGUUGAGCUCGCAAAAAGUUACGCGAAGUGAUAAGGUACACUUAUAUCCCAGACAACAACAAAAACGAAAGCCAAAAUGUCAAAAUCAUUGAUAUAUUUACUAGCAGCAGUCUGCAUCGCCUCAAAACAUAUAGCUUAAACAGAUAAUAUAUUUACGAAGCGAUGGAAUCCAACGAAGAGUCAAUAUUGAAAAGAAGAAAAUCAACAGACAGUGCUAAGGCAGCAAAUUCGCGGAAAUCGUCGAAUGAAAGAAUAGAAAAUGUCAGAAUAAAAGGAGAUGAUGUCAAACAGACGAACUAUCAAAAAAGUCGCGUGUCACUCAAACAAUUUGUGUACGAAGAGUUGACGCGUAAUUAUGAGUUGGAACACGACGAGGAACGCUACUCAGCGAGGCGUGAAAAAAUAUACUCUUUCAUUAAGAUACCAAAAGAAGCCGAAAUAUUCAUGUGGUAUGGCUUUUUGCAAUGCGCCGAUUCUUUCCUCUAUGUGUACACAUUUUUGCCAAUCAGAUUUGUCAUGGCACUUUGGGCGCUUAUCACAAGGCCUUUCAAAUACUUCUUUACAAAAGAUAAACGACAAGGAAAGGAUAAAAUUCUUAGACCAGCCGAGAUAUGUGAUUUACUUAAAGGUAUUAUUGUAGUGUGUUGCUGGAUUUUAACAUGGGAAGUUGAUACAUCUAUGAUGUAUCAUUUAGUUAAGAGCCAAUCUGUCAUAAAAUUAUAUAUUUUUUACAACAUGCUGGAAGUUGGAGAUCGUUUAUUCAGUGCCUUUGGUCAAGAUGCCAUUGAUGCUUUGCUGUGGACUGCAACAGAAUCAAAAACGAAGCAUCGAUUCAGUAGAACACAACAUUUAGGAACAAUACCGCAUUUGUUUUUUGCACUUAUUUAUGUUUUAUUGCACAGUAUACUAGUGCUUUUCCAAGCUACAACUCUCAAUGUAGCAAUUAACAGCAGUAACAAGGCUCUUUUGACAAUUAUGAUGUCGAAUAAUUUUGUUGAGCUAAAAGGAUCAGUUUUCAAAAAAUUUGAUAAAAAGAAUUUCUUUCAACUAUCGUGCAGUGAUGUAAGAGAACGUUUUCAUCUAACUAUGUUACUACUUGUAGUCACACUCCAGACCAUGAAAGAAUAUGCUUGGCAUGUCAAUAGACUUGCAGUAUUGCUUCCAGAUUGUAUUUUAUUAUUAUUCGCAGAGUUGCUUGUCGACUGGGUAAAACAUGCUUUUAUAGCCCGGUUUAAUGAACUCAGAUCAAAUGUUUACAAAGAAUUUACUUUGACCAUAGCUUAUGAUAUGGCACAAACCAGACAAGAGGCAGCUUUCUCAGACCCUUCAGAUUUGGUGGCCAGAAGAAUGGGCUUUAUUCCUCUUCCAUUGGGAGUAGCAAUAGCACGUGUACUCUGUACAACUUUGCCAUACAAAUUUCAACCAGUUUAUUUUCUACUUUUGAUUUUGGCCUUUUUUAUUUUGGUGACAUUGCGAGUGUUGAUAAGUAUGUAUGUUUUGGGUUGUUCCUACAAGAUUAUCAAACAGCAUAACCAGUCAACUACUGAAAAAAAAAAGUUUAAAAACGAACCUAUCAAAUUUACUCAAUCUAGCAGUAAUUUGUUAGGAUCAACACAAAAUCUUGAUACAACAGUACUAUCAAAUAGUUCAAUGAGUUUGAACAAUGUGUUUUUAAAUGACAUGUUUUUGAAAAAAGAAAGCACUUGUGAUAUAAAUCUUUCAGAAGACAGUAAACUAACGCAGUCUGAUCAUAUCUUUGUAUUAUCUGAAAAAGCUACAAGAGCGGGAAGUGAACCUUUACUACCACAAUGACAAACUCUGAAAUUCCUGUAAAUAUUUCGAAUUAAAUAAGUAGAUAUAUGUUGAGUCAAUGUUUACCAUACAAUGGUGUUUUGUGUGGCCAAUUAUUUUUAAUAAAGUUUAAAUUCAUCAAGAAUCUGUUAUCAAAUAUGAAGCUUUAUCAUUUCGACUUUUAAGAAUCUGAAAAUAAAAUAAUUUUGUUGAUUUUGUCAACUUUUUCUAUUUUAUCAAUUAUUAUGUUUACGUUGAACUGUAAUAUAUGUAAAUAAAAUAUAUUAUUCUUUAAAUUGCGUGUAAAGAACAAGAGCGUUUCGAUAUCACGUACGUAUAAUAAAUUAUUUUCGAACUCGUGUGGUUACCAUGAUGUAAUUAAAUAUCUUCCACACUUGUACUGAAAAAAUAUUAUUUUUAAAUAAAGAUAACUAAUGCAAAACGAA